AACUUCCUCGCUGAUCACAUCUACAUCCACCAGCAAACAUGGCAGAUCGUACAGCGCAGAUUCAGGAGUGGCAGGAGCGAGCCAAGGCCCUGGAGCCGCUCAACCUCAAGCAGAUCGAGAAGCCGCUCGCCGAACUCGAUGCCCACCUCACCCUCCGCAGCUACAUCGUGGGCUACAGUGCCACCGACGCCGACACGACGGUAUGGAAGACGCUGCGAGGCAACCGAGUGGCUCAUGCAUACAUCAAACAAGGCCUGAUGGUCAACCUGACCAGAUGGUUCACCUUCAUCGAGGAAACAGCAGCCCCCGCCAUCGAACUGGCAACUCGCCCGGCCGAGAAGAAGGUGGUGGACGAUGGCGCCAACUAUGAGAUUGGCUUGCCUGACACGGAGAAUGGUGUGGUCACACGAUUCCCGCCAGAGCCCUCAGGAUACCUACACAUCGGACACGCUAAGGCUGCUCUGCUCAACGACUACUUUGCCCACAAGAAGUACAAAGGCAAGCUGAUCCUGCGUUUUGAUGACACAAACCCGUCGAAAGAGAAGGAGGAGUAUCAAGACUCUAUUCUGAAGGACUGUGAGCUUCUUGGGAUCGAGCCGGACGUGGUCUCGUACACGAGCGAUUACUUCCAAAAUCUCUACGAGCGAUGCGUGCAAGCUAUCAAGGAUGGUUUGGCUUAUACGGAUAACACUCCUCAAGAGCAGAUGCAGAAGGAGCGCAUGGAGAGGAUUGAGAGUGCUCACCGCAAUGACUCAGUCGAGGAGAACCUGAAGCAUUUCGAGGAGAUGAAGGCUGGCACAGAUGAGGGCAUCAAGUGGUCUGUUCGUGCAAAGAUUGACAUGUCUAGCAACAACGGUGCCAUGCGAGACCCCGUCAUCUACCGCUGCAAUCCAGAGGCGCAUCACCGCACAGGAAACACAUGGAAGAUCUACCCAACCUACGACUUUGCUUGCCCGAUUGUGGACUCAGACGAGGGCAUUACUCACGCUUUGAGGACCACCGAGUACAACGAUCGUGAUGCGCAGUACCAGUGGUUCAUCAAGGCCCUCAAGCUGCGUCCCGUGCACAACUGGAAUUUCUCCCGCAUGAACUUCAUCAAGACCUUCUUGUCGAAGCGCAAGCUUACGAAAGUCGUCGAUGAGGGCAAGGUUUGGGGCUGGGAUGAUCCGCGUAUGCCUACUGUCCGCGGUAUCCGUCGCCGCGGUAUGACCAUUCCGGCUCUGCAGGAGUUCAUUGUGAAGCAGGGACCAUCGAAGAACAUCAACAUGAUGGACUGGACCACCUUCUGGGCGACCAACAAGAAGCACAUUGACCCAAUCGCAAAGCGCUACACUGCUGUCGAGUCCAAGGACAAGGUGACAGUCACCGUGACUGGUGCACCAGAGGCUCCACGCACCGAGGAGAAGCCAGUGCACGCCAAGAACGCUGACUUGGGCAACAAAAAGGUCGUCUUCAGCAAGACUAUCAUUCUUGACCAGGCCGAUGCGCAGUCGUUUGCCGAGGACGAGGAGAUUACCCUCAUGAACUGGGGCAACGCCAUCGUGCGCAAGAAGAAGUACACUCUGAAUCCACUCAAUCUGGUAAAGUCUGAGGAGAACAAGACCGUGUCUGAGCUGGAGCUUGAGCUGCAUCUUCAAGGCGAUGUCAAGAAGACGAGCAAGAAAGUCACUUGGCUCUCAACAGACCAGGAGCUCGUGCCUCUUGUCAUGUACGACUUCGACUACCUCAUCAAGAAGGACAAGCUCGAGGAGGAGGACGAUUUCGAGAAGUCUCUCAACCCAGAGACCGAGUUCAAGACUGAGGCCCUCGCAGACUGCAAUGUUGCUGAGCUGAAAGAGGACGAUAUCGUACAGUUCGAUCGCAAGGGUUACUUCCGCAUUGACAAGGCUUUCAAGCAUGGCGAGCCGGUCGUUGCUUUCCAGAUCCCAACUGGUAAGAAGAUGUAGGAUGUUUACCACAUGAUCAGACGAUAGAUACGACGCGACACGAAAAGCAAAAAGUUUCAUCGCCUUGAGCGACGUUUCUGCGCGGUUUCUUUGCGCCUCG